AUGGCCUUCGCCGCUAUUUUCGAUGUCGUUAAAAAGAAUUUGGAAGGAUCUCUUCCUGCAAAUAAGCACCCAAUAUUAUCUUUGGCAAAAACGGAUCAAGAGAAACGGGCCAAAUUAGAAGCAGAAGAUAUUUCUGACCAAGAGGACUCAUGUCAUCCUUCGUGGAAUAAAUCAGAGCGUGCGGCUUGGCUUCGACAUUGUUAUAAAAAACCCAUUGCUGCUGCAGGUUUGCGCAGGCUGUCUGAUAAUGGCCGCCCCCCAAUACAAGUAUCUAAAGCCAGUAGUGCCGAAAUCGAAUGCGAGAGGGCACGUGAGCGGCGCUUGAAACGGCAUGCUACUCAGGGUGUUGUCGCGCUUUUCAAUGCUGUGAGACAACACCAGUCCGUUUUGGAGAAGCAGUUGGACGCAACUGGACCCUUGGUCUUUCAGAAGGAGAAAGUCGUUACAGGUUUUACUACAUCUGACUUCCUUGACCGCCUUUCUGCCGGCCUUCCCGGAGCGAAAGCAAAGUCAUCUGAAGGGGUCGUCUCUGAUGUCCAUUGUGCUCCGAAGAAGAGCAAACCCAACUCGCCCACUGUAGAUCAAGUACUUAUGAACUUUUCGAGUAAAGACUCUAUCUUCGAGUGCACAAGCAUAUCAGCUGCAGAUUUCACGUUGUCUUGCUAUGAUGAAAGAGAUUCCGCCCCAAAACUGAGUGUAAAUUCAGUUGACGAGGAAGAAAAUGAGCAGUCGAAUUUAGAGGAGAACGCCCGCUCAGUCAGGUUAACGGAUAUGCCAGAGUUGACUGGUAGCUCGGACCGAUCCUUAACAGUUCUGAAGGCGUGCGUGCGCCACGACAUUAUGGAGCAGAUAUCCCUCGUCAUAUCUGAACUUGUUGCUAUUGACUUGAAAUACUCCGAAUUGGCUCAAAUAAGUGCAUCACAGGGCAAGGAGAGAAUGGAGAUAUCCAUACGGGAUCCCAUCCCGGGCAAUGAUGACCAGAAAAGAACGCCACUAGAAAGUCUGCACGCCUAUACAAUAGCCGAGCUCCACUCCCAGCUAAGCUCGCUGAGGGUCUUCAUUCAAGAUCUGGACGCCAAGUACCUCGAAGUAGCAAGAUGCGUGCGAGAGCGGAUUGAAAAGCUGGAGCAGUGCAAAACUGAGCUUUCCUCCGAAGUUGAACACUUGCGAAGAUUUUAUUAG